UUCUUGGAUGGACUUCCGGUGCUGCUGAUGAACGGUGGGAAGCGCUUCUCUAUUUAACAAAAGUGUUUCUACAAAUGUCUGAUGUCCAGCAGCUGAGGAACAUGUUGAAACACCAGCUAACACCUGCUGAUGAAGGAACGAUCACAGACCUGGAAAAAGAAACAUGUCAUUUAAAAGAAGAGAACAAAAGAGGGUGAUUCUGUCCCGUUUUGGCUGUAUACGGCCAAAACAAAACAUCACGCCAAUGUUGGACGCACACGUUUUCAAGAUAAUCACCGUCAAGUACGGGAAGCAGCCUACGCACACGAUGUCGUCAGGAUACAUGCAGCAGUUGUUGGUGAGCAAAGAAGAAAUUCUCCCUGAACACCACAAAUGGAAUCUGAAUUUUGACCUGGAGAAUAUCAAAGAAGAGGAGGAGCUGUGGAUAAGUCAGCAGGGAGAGCAACUUCAGCAGCUGGAGGAGGCAGAUCUCACCACAUUUGGUUUCAGUGCUGUCACUGUGAAGAGUGAAACGGAUGAUGUUGAUGAGGAUGAUGAAAAACCAGAGACAUCAAACCUUCAUCAAAGCCGACGUGAUGAGAGCACAGAGGCUGAGCCUGUAGCCAGUAGCUCAUCUGUACACAGCAUACUGACAACAAAAGCUGAAGGAGAGGACUAUGGAGGACCACAACCAGCCAACGGUAAUCCAGUUGGCCCUGUGUCCCGAUUUCUCCAGCAGCUUCUCCUCCCGUCCUCUGCUGUCUGCGCCACGCAGUAUUCUCUGAUCGUUGAUUCGCUGAAAACCUAG